CUGGUUCUUGUGUUGGGGGACUUGCACAUUCCUCACCGAUGCAACUCUCUGCCCGCCCGGUUCAAGAAGUUGCUGGUGCCGGGAAAAAUUCAGCACAUCUUAUGCACGGGCAACUUGUGCACCAAAGAAUCGUUUGACUAUCUCAAAACGCUUGCCAGCGAUGUCCACGUAGUGCGGGGAGAUUUUGAUGAGAACAUGAACUACCCCGAGCAGAAGGUCGUGACCGUCGGCCAGUUCCGGAUCGGCCUGUGUCAUGGACACCAGGUGGUGCCGUGGGGCGACAUCGAGAGUUUGGCGAUGGUGCAGCGACAGCUGGACGUGGACAUCCUCAUUUCUGGACACACGCACAAGUUCCAGGCGCUGGAGCACGAGGGAAAGUUUUUCCUGAACCCGGGAUCUGCCACUGGCUCUUACUACGCUCUGGACAGCAAUGUCAUUCCAUCUUUUGUGAUCUUGGACAUUCAGCAGUCGACCGUCGUGUCGUACAUCUACAAACUCAUCGACGAAGAGGUCAAAGUUGAGAGGAUAGAGUACCGCAAGUCGUAGAGAAUACGAGGUUGCUCACACCAUGUGAUAUAUUCACUGUCAUUUUGUCUUAUCGUUUUAUCUGUGAGAGUGCUCGGUGGGUGUAAAGUAUUUGUAUUGCCUGAAAUGAAUGUGUUAUCCCUCUGUCAAUUAGUAUUGGUACUUUGGCUUUGAGUUUGCAUUUUUUUUUUUUUUUCAAACUUUGAGUAUGAAAAGAUUUCAAUCGGUGCCGUGUUACAUUAUCGGUCAGUUUUGCGGUUCUAUGGUUCUGUGCAAUAACAGAAAUUUGUUCCUUCUCUUUUUGACUGGCUUUUCUUAGGUAAAGCAAGUGGGUUGUUUGUUUGUUUUCCUUUUUUUUUGUCCCCUAGAUAUGUAGGCGCCCCGCUAUACUUGACUUCUCAAAAAUGUACUUUUUCGUUUUAUAUUUCUUAAAAUUAAGUUUUCCCUCCCCUCCCCCCCUGCAGUAUCAUGUACAGUGCAACUCCGUAAUAUUGAUGAUAUUGGUUUAUGCAGACAGUUUCAUUCUCAUAUCACACGUGUUUUCACUGCCAUUAUGUAUAAACCAGCAUAUUUAAUUUGAGUUGGCGUUAUUCUUAUUAUUGGCACGUCCAGAGCAUUCUUUCACUGGGGGUCUUGUAAUCACCCUUUAAAACAAAACAAAAAUUCCUCUCUUGUAAUCACUCUAACAAAACAACAAAAUUCUUCUCUUGUAAUGGUCUUUGCGUUGUCAAAAAUUGAAUGUACAUGGUAUUAGUGUUCUAGCAGAAUGUGAAAUAAUGGUCUUGUGUAUUCAUCUAUGCUGAAGGUAUCAAAUGCCUCUUUGGUAUAAUUAUUCUCACACCAAACUGUGAUGAUGUCUAUCUUGAGGUGUGAAAUGUCAGGUGGUUACUUUUGAUGUCGCAGACAAAAAACUAGCUUUUGUUGCGUUGAGAGCGCUUCAUCUAAUGAAAGAGCUCCCGUUAGAAGAGAUGUGUUUUUGGCUAUUGCCGAAAAGUAAUGUAACGUCGAAGUUGUCGUAAAGGAAUGUGCUCGAGCUGCUAUCAGCGACUCACUGGCUCAGCGCUCUGACCACGAGCUUGAUGGAGAUGUGGACUUGCAGGGCAGUGUGAGUGAGUGUGUCUCUGCAUGUGUGUUUGUGUUUUCGCAUGAUUGAAAGAGAGCGGGAAAGAUAUGGAGAGACCAAGAGAGGAAGAGUGAGGGAGGAGGGGUUUUGGAUGGGGUGGGGUGGGGGGGGAGAUAAAGAAUGAGA